GUUGCCUGUCCUCGUGCAUGACGUUUCCCCACUCCCGGCAUGCGCGCUGGAAGUCGAAUUAUUGCUAAUGGCGGGUAUUUGUAACGACAUAUGCGUAUUUUAGACUAUUGUUUGCUACCUGUACACAUUAAUAUUGAUAAAUUAGCCAUUUCAAAAAUAAUACUCGGUGUGUUUCAAAGCUUCUUCGAGGAUAAACCAAAGGAAGGAGCAGAUAAGAAAGCUGGCGCACGCUGUAACUGUUAUCAUGUGGCCGUUAAGUACUGACACAAACUGAAAGUGAGCAGGAAGGCAGCGUGUGUUUGAGUUGAGAGGUAGCUGUAAUGUUAGCUCACUUAAACGUCUGUCUCAGAGACACAACUCCAAAGCUACUGCACAAACAGCUAAGUUAAUGGGACGGAGGAAGUUUAGCUUUCAUUCAUUCAUUUGACCUUAUAAAUUUCCACAAGCGGAAAUGAUGUCCUCUAAGUUGUCAGUGUCGGUGUUGCUGUUAAUAAUUACUGUGAUUCAAGUCGACGGUACCUCGAGACUAAAUAUACCCAAAGUGUUGCUACCGCUUGCCAGAAGUACAAAGAUUAACUUCACGUUGGAAACUACUGAAGGUUGCUACAGAUGGUCGUCCACCAGACCAGAGGUAGCAAGCAUCCAGGCUGUGGAUGAAGACAGUAGCAGAGGCUGCUCCCGGAGAGCCGUCCUCCAGGCUCUUUCCACCCAGCCCUCCAGACUGACCAGUAUCAUUCUGGCUGAGGAUGUUGUUACCGGACAGGUAUUGCGCUGUGACGCUAUCGUUGACAUCAUCAGUGAGAUCCAGAUUGUGUCGACCACCAGAGAGCUACAUCUCGAAGAUUCGCCACUGGCACUCAAAAUUCACGCACUGGACUCUGAAGGAAACACCUUCAGCACCCUUUCAGGUCUAGUCUUUGACUGGACCUUAGUGAAAGAUGUAGAUGUGAAUGGAUUCUCUGACUCUUACAAUUCAUUACGGGUACUUAAAUUCUCUGAGUCCACAUACACACCCCCUGGGUACAUAUCUGAAAUGGAGCGUGUUGGGAAACAAGGUGAUAUUAUUUUGGUGUCAGGACUGAAAACAGGACAUGCAAAGUUGAAGGCCAAAAUACAAGAGCCAUUGUAUAAGGAUGUGGGCGCAGCAGAGGUGAGACUGCUGAUUUUGGAGAACAUCAUGCUGAGUCCUGCACAUGAUGUCUACUUACUGGCGGGAACUUCUAUACGAUACAGAGUUCUGAAGAUAAGACAGGGCACGAUCACAGAGCUCUCUAUGCCCUGUGAUCAGUAUGAGCUGCACCUUCAGAACAGUGUGGUUGGCCCUAAUGGAAACCCACGGGUUGCUGUGGCCAGUCUGGAUCAAAGCACCUCCAGAGUUACAGCAAUGCAACUAGGACACAUCAACGUGGUGCUGGAUCAUAAGAGCCUUCGUAUGCAAGGAGUGUCUCGCCUCCCCAACAGCACCCUGUAUGUGGUGGAACCAGGAUACCUAGCUUUUAAAAUCCGUCCAGGAGAAAGCUGGGUUCUUGAAACAGGCAGAGUAUACAAUAUCCAAAUAGAAGUCUUUGAUAAAUCCGGCAACAAGAUUUACCUCUCUGAUAAUGUCCGUAUUGACACUGGUUUCCCCUCGGAGUACUUCGAAGUCCAGGAGUCUUCUGUGAAUGGAUCAUAUCAUCGUGUCAAAGCACUCAAGGAAGGCCUGACUCUCAUUGAUGCUACCCUAAGUGCUAUUGUGGAUGAAACUGGAAAAGUCCAUGCACUCGCCAACCCAGUCCACAAUGAACAAGAUGUAGAAAUCUAUAACCCUAUAGUUCUUAGUCCCAGUAUUCUCACAUUUCCAUGGCAGCCCAAGGUUGGGGCUUAUCAGUACACAAUAAAGGCGACGGGAGGGAGUGGAAAUUUCAGCUGGUCUUCCUCCAAUACAGCUGUCGCCACCGUGACCGUGAAAGGAGUGAUGACAACAGUCAGUGACAUUGGCGUCAGCGUAAUUUAUGCUCACGAUCUACGCAAUCCAUUACACUUUGGCCAGAUGAAGGUGUAUGUUGUUGAGCCCGUGGCCAUGGACUUUGCUCCCUGCACAGUAGAGGCCAGGGUGGGCCUGGUUCUGGAUCUGCCCCUUAGGAUUUUCGGCCUGCUGGAGGAGGAAAAUGAACGGGUCAUAUUGAGUGACUGCUCCCAUUUCGACCUGCAGGUUGAGGAGGAGAACUAUGGCAUCUUUGAACUACAAAAUGAGAGGCUGGCUCCAGGCCAGCACCACUGCAGCGGGGUGAGAGCCAAGGCCUUGGCUUCUGGGUACACCAUGCUUACUGUCAGCUACACCCACGGCAACGUUCACCUCAGUGCCAAGAUCACCAUUGCUGCCUAUCUUCCCCUUAAAGCGAUUGAUCCUGUAUCCGUGGCCGUGGUGACUCUGGGAUCAUCUAAAGACAUGUUGUUUGAGGGUGGGCCACGGCCUUGGGUUUUGGAGCCCUCAAAGUUCUUCUGCAACUUGAGAGCUGAGGAUGAGAGCAGUGUGAGCCUUACUCUGACCAGCCCUUCAUCUCACACCUACAAUCAGCAUUGGGUCAGAGCUACCUGCAAGGCCCUGGGAGAGCAGGUGCUGGAAGUGACAGUGGGAAAUGAGGCCAGUCUGACCAAUCCUUAUCCUGCUGUGGAGCUGGCAGUGGUCAAGUUUGUAUGCGCCCCCCCAUCUCGCCUCACCCUGGUCCCAGUGUAUACCAGCCCACAGCUGGACUUGACCUGCCCGCUGCUGCAGCAGAACAAACAAGUGGUACCUGUUUCAAAUUACCGUAACCCCAUUUUGGACUUGGCUGCUUUUGAUCAACAAGGACGGAAGUUUGAUAACUUUAGCUCUCUGAGCAUUUUGUGGGAAUCAACCAAGGUGCCAGUGGCCAGUAUUGAACCUACUUUGCCGAUGGAGCUGCUGUUGUUCAAGGAUGCCAACAAACAGAUGAAACUUCACGGACGCCGGACAGUGCUUGUCCAUCAUCAGACGGGCAUUGCUGCUAUCACAGUGACCACUCUGGGUUACCAGGUUUCACAUCUGGCAGCAGCCAAAGUUCCCAGUCCAUAUGACCCCCUGAGCCCUGUCUCAGCCACUCUGGAGCUCCUGUUGGUUGAAGAUGUGAAGAUUUCUCCAGCCACAGUGACCAUAUACAACCACCCAGAUGUGCAGGCAAACCUGGCCCUGCAAGAAGGUUCGGGUUAUUUUUUUGUCAAUACCAGUGUCAAAGGAUUAGUGGAUGUGGUAUUCCAAGAGGCCAAACGAACAGUUCAGGUUUCUCCUGUCCACCCAGGGGAGGUGAAGUUGAUGGUUCAUGACCUUUGUCUGGCAUUCCAAGCACCUGCCACAGCCACAGUGCAUGUUUCUGACAUACUGGAGGUUUAUGUGCGAGUGGUUGACAAGGUCGAGAUUGGCAAGUCUGUGAGAGCUUAUGUCAGAGUCCUGGAUUCUAAUAAGAAGCCCUUCCCUGCCAGCAAUUUCCAGUUCAUGAAUCUUAAGCUAAAGGCAGCUUCUGCAAUAGUUUCUCUAAAACCCUUAGCAGAGGCAGCAGAAGAUGAUACAGCUGUUUUCCUGGUGAAAGGUGCCUCUAUUGGUCAGACUACUCUGUCAGCUGUUGUUGUGGAUAAAGAUGGGAGAAAAAUUACAUCUGCACCUCAGCAAAUUGAGGUAUUUCCACCGUUCAAACUCAUCCCAAGGAAAAUGACUUUGUUAAUUGGAGCCAUGAUGCAGAUCACAUCUGAGGGUGGUCCUCAGCCUCAGUCUAAUAUCCUUUUCUCUAUUGCUAACGAGAAAAUAGCUUCUGUCAAUGGCAUGGGCCACGUCAGAGGUGUUACCAUCGGUAAUGUCACUGUGACUGGCCUGGUCCAAGCUGUUGAUGCCGAGACUGGCAAGCUAGUCGUUGUGUCUCAGGAUCAAGUAGAAGUUGAGGUUGUGCAAUUGACGGCCAUCCGGAUCAGAGCACCUAUCACAAGAAUGAAGACAGGAGCACAGAUGCCUGUAUAUGUAAUGGGUCUGACCAAUAGUCAAACACCCUUCUCCUUUGGAAAUGCUAUACCUUAUCUCACUUUCCACUGGUCCACCACCAAGAGAGAUAUUCUGGAUCUUGAGCCAAGACACACUGAGGGUAAUGUGGAGCUCCAGUCAGAGAACAACUUUGGCAUGAGGGUGACUGGAAAAACGAGAGGGCGGACAGGGCUGAAGGUGGUGCUCAAAGUUACUGACCCUAAUGCCGGGCAGCUAGUGGGGAAUCUGCAGGAACUCACAGAUGAGAUCCAGAUCCAGGUCUAUGACAAGCUGCACAUGCUUAAUCCUGAAGUACAGGCUGAGGAGUUACUGAUGGCUCCGAAUUCAGCCCUCAAACUCCAAACAAACAGGGAUGGUGUGGGUGCACUCUCUUACCGGAUGCUGGAUUGCCCUGACCAGGUCGUUAUCGCUCAAGUGGAUGAUAAGGGCUUCCUCUUCUCUGGCUCCCUCACUGGCAUCUCCUCUCUGCUGAUCACCUCGCAGGAGACCUUUGGUGUCAAUCAAACUCUCAUCCUUGCUGUGAAGGUGGUGCCUGUUUCCUACGUGCGCUUCAGUACCAGUCCGGUCCUCUACACCCACAACAGAGAGAGCCUAAAAGCAUUCCCCCUGGGCACAGUGCUCACCUUUAAUGUCCACUUCCAUGCCAGCACUGGAGAGCCCCUUCACAGCUCCAACUCCCAUGUUACAUUUUCCACAAACAGGGAUGACCUGGUGCAGGUGGGGGUCGGGCCCAGUAAUCACACUCUGACCGUGAGGACCAUCAACGUAGGCCUCACUCUGCUUGCAGUGUGGGACAAUGAAAACGCGGGUGUGGCCGACUAUGUUCCAAUACCUGUAGAGCGUGCCAUCCACCCACAUGAAGCCCACAGACUGGUGGUGGGAGAUGUGGUCUGUUUCAGUGCCCACUUAACCAGCCCAGAUGGCAUUCAUGGUACUUGGAGCUCCUCUACUAAUGGCGUCCUUCAGGUGGACCCUAAAAGUGGUGCAGCAGUGGCCAGAGACUCUGGGACUGUUACUGUAUACUACGAGAUACCUGGUGUUUUAAAAACGUACACAGAGGUAGUUGUAGAAGCGUCUAUGAGGACAGCAGCGAUGGCGCAGGCUACACCUGUCAGGAACGGCAAGGAAACAAAGGUCCUACUCACCACCAGAGAGAGAGGAACCAACCUCAUUGGAACUUGUUCCUCAGCUCAGACUGAAGCUAUUUCUCAGCUGCAGCCUGAAACCUCUGUCAGUUGCCAUCUCAGCUUCACCAGUGAUGCUAUUGACUUCCCCGCUAAUGAUGUCUUCAAAGCACACACCGGUUUUGACUCCAGCAUUGGCCUCUACACAUGUUCCAUGACCUUGCAGCCAAUGACUGACCAACAGACCCGUGUGCUCAGCAUGUCCAUGACCAACCUGCUGGUGAGGGCAGUCCUGGAGGGCAGCGCCUUCUCUGGGGAACAAGUCAGCGCAAUGCUGCCCAUAGAGCCAGGCCUCUACUCUGACCAGACUGAACUGCUGCUCUCAAAUCUGCACCCAUCAGCUGAGCUCACCAUUUAUGGCCCGACAGCAGCCCUGUCCAACAUGGAGGUGGUGUCUACUUCUUCCAGCAUUGCUGUCCAAGAGAAGGAAGUACACCAUGGCUUCCCUGGUUUUUCAAAGUACACUGUUAGCGCAGUGGACCCUCAUGUGGCGGUCUCUGCUUCUAUUUCCAUAAGCAGCACUUCCUGCAGCCAGGCUCUCGUCAUCCCAGUCACUUUGAUUCACGUGGCUGAUCCUAGUGCAGCCAUGCAAGCAGCUGCUGCUCCAGUUGAUAUUCAGGGGGGGCACUCCCUGCACAGCUUCAUAAACUGCUACCAGAUGAUGUUCUUCACCCUGUUUGCUCUGCUGGCUGGUACAGCUAUCGUCAUCAUCGUCCUCCACAAUGUGUUCUCGCCGAGGGAACCAGCCUAUCGAAUCUCAAAGUUACAGCCACUGAAUUUUGAGUCUCCAGACAGGAAUUCCUUUAACUCUGGUAUACAUGGGUCAGACCUAAAGAUCAAGCACAGUCCCAGUCCCAGGUCACGUCUCUAUUCUCCAGGCUACACGUCCUGAUAAAGCUCUCUGUCUGCUCUCUAUUCUUUAAAAGAAGAACGCCACAGGUCAUUAAUGCAUAUUGAAUGUGCCUCUGUCCCUCAGUAUGAAUGAUGGGAGGAUGUAACUGUAAAAUCUCAGUUUCCUUCAGUUGUCUUUACAUGUUGGUACAGAUGAAAAAAGUUUUGCGGAUACAGAUUGGUUAAAGAGCUGCUCGCUGAUAACAGGGCUAUUUUUCUUCGUGUGUAUGUUUUUGCGUGUGGAAACAGUUUAUAUAUCUAUAUAUACAGUAUAUGUCUUCUUUUGCCAUGGUAAUCGUUUUUAUACAAAACCACUCUGUUAUCGACUGACAUCUUUUGAAGUGUGCUUAAAGAAACAGAUCACUAGUUUGUGCUUAAUACAGUAUGUUUUUUGUGUGUUUAUUUACUCUUUACUUGUGUGCUACUUAUCAUAUUCAGCUUGUGAAAUUAAAUAACUCAGGAUGAACCAUUUUCUUGUAUGAAAAAAGGCAAACAUUAACUUAUGAGUGGGACAUGUCGUUUUGUUAUGUUGUAGCAUAUGCAUUUUGUGAAAAUACCGUCCACUGAAACCGUCCGUAGGUGAAAAACCCUUCAAAUGUGCAGAAUCUUAAUGAGGAAAAAAAAGUCGGUUCAUUUCCGUUUUGGGGCAUUUUUGGAACUUUAUUUAACAUGACGUUUUUGAGCCAUAAUACAUGCAGCUCCUUUUUAUUCAUUAAUGUGAAACCGUUAACUAAUGUGAACCACCAUUCAGUUUUCAUCCAGGUGUUAUUUAGUACAAAAGCAAAUCAAAUGUGACCUGUUGUUCUAGUUUCUGAAAAUGUACUGAUCAGUUUUUCUGACCACAUUACCGGGUUGAGGUUGCUGUAACACUGUUUGAAUUUCCCGGGGGUUUAAGAGUGUGACUUUGUUUUAAAUGAGAUAUUUUUGUAUUUGAAAUGACAAAAUGUUGACAAGGAAUCCUAUUUAUGUUAGCUAGUGAAAUCCAGUUUUACUGUAUAAGUAUGUGACGAUCGGAUGACUCCAGCGAUGUUUUUUUCCGUUUAAGAUUCAUAGUCAUGCCUUACAAUCGUAUCUGAACAGCUUUCGGCACAUAAUACACACAACUUUGUUUGCGUAUGUGAAUAUGCUUUUGCCUUUGCUAAUUAAAAUUUUUAUUUUUCACGUUCA